UUCCUUUAAUUUUCUGCCGUGACGCGAGUCGUGGUGGUUUAAUUUGAAGGCAAAGACAAAUACGCUUUUGCAUCUUCGCUAGCUUGCUUCGUGUAGCUCCUUCAACGCACUGCAUGUAUUGGCGUCUCCCCUUCGUGCUAACACUUUUAAGCUGCAGGAGUGUUGCACAGUUCCCCCCUUCGGCCUCCGCUUGUCAGCACCUGGCUGCCUUUAUUCAAGGACGGUGGAAGCGACCGGAAGAACAUAUGUGCCUGCGAGUGUGACGCGCCUCUGAUCAAUGGCUACCUCAGGCUCCACCGCCCUUCCUGCCCCCGCCGCCGUGCCUGAGGAUCUCCACUAUGAGACCCAGUACAUCGUACUCAGCUUCCUGGGACGGCUUCCUGCCGGGCGACCACACGCAGCGGAAGGAGAGGGCGCUAGCACAGUUAAAAAGCAGGUAGAAGAAGAACUGAGACGACUAGAAGAAGACAUCGCAGCGGCCUUUUCCAGCACGGGCUUCGACCGGCGCACGUCUCUCGUAUUCAGCCCGGCCAACCCAGAGACGUCCGUCGAAGACUGCCUCGCCGAGCUGGGGGAGCGCCUGGUUCGAGACCUGGACCCACACUUGGAAGCAGCUGCACACACGCUCCUGCCCGGGCCUUUGGAGUACGAGAGAUUCCGAGAUGCAACGCUGGACUUGUCGACGUACACACAAGGAGCGUGGAGCAAGGUGCUGGUGCCUUUGGUGUUGCUUCAGGCUUUACAAAGUGAAGGCCAGUCAGUCUGGAAUCUCCUGGAUGUUGGGGUGCGCUUCCUGGAGGAAGUUCAGGGUGAUUACAUCAUCCAGAACGGGGGAUAUGGUGAAAUAUUGGGCCUCGGUUCAGAGGAGGAGCCAGGCAUCGCCAUCGCCGAAGACAGCAACGACAUCUACAUCCUGUCGGGGGAGCAGGCGCCUGACCAGCUGAGCCCGCCCUCAUCUCUGCUGUGCGCGGGCGACAACAGCAGCGGGCACAGCUCCUGGCAGACGGAGAGCUUACCUGUGUCGCUGGCCGGCCACGAGUCGUGGGCGCAGGUGUGCGCGAUGGACCCCGAGGACAUCAAGAGCCUGGACAGCACCGAGGGCGGGGCUCUGGCCGAGGAGCGCAGCGAAAACAACUCCUCCAACUCGGACAUCGUCCACGUGGAGCGUGAGGAAGCCGAGCUGCUGGAGGACGGCAAUGGAGGCGGAGCCAUCGAGGAGAGCAUGAUGAGCGUUUUGGGCACGGAGAGCGAGCUCGCUCAGCUCAGGGAGGAAAUGAGCAGCCAGGUUCCAGCGGCCCCUGUGAUGUCAGAGUCGGACUCCACAGCGCCGGCCUCCCUGAUCUCCCUCGAGGAACCCGUCGUCAUCGAGACGCCUGCAAGCUUGUCGACGGAACCUCUCCUCGUCUCUACAGAAGCGGAGCUUCCUCCUCCAGUCCUGGAAACUGUUGCUCCCCUUCCGUCUGAGCCAGAACCUGCAGCACCAUUACCCGUUCCAGCAGUAGAACCGGAGCCUUCUGUGGUCGCACCCCCGUCUCCAGCUAAGCAGGCCCAGGCUGCAGCUUCAGCAGAUCCGGCAGAGCCUGAAGCCUCCUCAGAAGCGGCCUCUGAACCACAAUUCGAGCCUGUAGCUGUUCUCCCCCAGCAAGAACCGGAGUCUGUAAGCGAGACUGAGGCGCCGCCCGCCGCGCCUCUGGUCCCAGAGGCCCCCGCACAGGCCGUCACAGAGGAGCUCACGGUCCAGCCAGAGCCGGCCUCAGAGCUCCAGGUUCUGCUCUGUGGGGGCGCUACUUUGGUGCUCCUUGCUGCCGCCAUGGCUUACGGGGUCGUAAGAUACCGCAGGAAGUAGAAUAGACACGCGAGCACACGUGAAAGGAUGCUAGUCAUCAAAUUGCUUAGUUCACCGAGGCUGCAUCUGGAAACUCCUCAUGCUCCUCAAGGUCUCCAGUCCAAGAUGGAGCCUCUCACUUGAACCCUGACCUCACCACAUCCGCAUCCUUGUUGGCCAAUCAGGUGCAAGCACAGGAACGGGAAUGAAUGCGCUCCCAACGCCAGCUCUCCUGCUUUUGCUUUCCUCGGGUGUCUUUUUCCUUCGUUAUUUUGUACGUGUGCCACACUAUUCCCCUUACAGAGGACAAAUUGUCCAAACGCAAAAUACCUUAGCAUAGACGUGCUAAAGUUGUCAUGAUUGAGAACACGAGUCAAUAUAGGAAGUACAGAAUGUUCCUAGCCUGCGAUGGAAGUGGAGUUUUUGUCCAAGUCGGAACCUUUACUUAAAUGAACUCCUAAGUCACUCCCACUGCACACAGAACACAUGAAGGACACGCCAUCGUACGGUCCUACCAUCCUAAAAUACGUAUGGGCCCAGGCUAACCUCAGCGCACUCGAUCAUGACCCUCCAGCCUCCAUUAGCAUAACGUUCAAGUCUUUUUGUCCUUAAUGAUGUCCAGGACCAUAUGGGUGGGGGUUCCAUUGUUAUGGCAUUUGUUUUCACUUCUGUGGUGAUGGCUUUCCUUUUCUUUGGCGCACGGCCGCAUGGGAGACAGAAUGAAGUCCCCAAAGUAAAUGUUCUGUCUCAAUGAGACACAAUGAGCACAUGCUGCAUUCUCCCAACCAAAAUGUCGUUUUUAAUGAAUUCAUGCACAAAAUGUUGUAAACUGGGGACCCCGUGUUCAAUGAAUUCAUCUGAAAUAUUUGCUGCAGUGGUAAUAAAAUCUUGCCGCAUCCAAAUCCAUCAUGAAUAUGCUUAUGUUUUCCCUUUUACUUUUGCAUUGUGGGUUACCUGAUGGCAACUUGUGAUGAAAAGUGGUUGCUAUUUAAUAUCUGCAUCCAAUUAACACUCCCAUUUUUUUUUGUGUUUCAUCACUUUGUACCUUGAAUUUCCUACGAGACACUCUUGAGAAUAAAGAAGGUGAGAAUGUG